AUGGCUGAAGCUUUCGUAAUUUUAACUGGUGAAACCCAAGCAAAAUCUCCAGCUAUUUCAUUUAUAAAUUCAAAUAAAGGAAAACCUCUACUAGUUGCCGAUGAAUAUACUUUUAAAUUAAGUAAAGCAACAACAACUACUAAGUAUUGGAUAUGCACUAUUAAUGGUUGUGCAGCUAACGUGCAUACUGAUUCAAAUAAUCGAUUGAUAAAAACUGUUGGCGAUCAUAAUCAGUUUCCAGAAAAAGAAAAACUUGAGGUUCAUGAAGUUCGUGAAAAAAUAACAUCUUUUUUUAAAUUCUUUUUUAUAUUUUUCUCAGUGCUAACAUUUUAA